CUAAAUAAGCCCAUGUAUGGUUUUAUGUGAAUUUGUAAACUGCUUAAUAAGUGUGCAUCGGUAAAAGCCGUUAUCAUAACUAACUAAAUUUAGUAGCUUAACUGCUGUGAAGCAGUUACGUAGUGUGGAUUCGUUUGUAAUUCACGUUUUUCUUCUCGGUGGUUGCCUAAAAUUUAUAUUUAUUUAUUGAUAUCUAAAUUUACUUUCGCUGUUUGAAAAUGGUAGAUAAUCAAGCGUACAAAUGUACAACCGUGCCAAAAUCGGCAGCACCAACCUUCGGCAGACGGCAUUUUCAGUGCUUCAUGAUGUGUAUUGGCUUUGCAGCGGCCUUUGCUAUGCGCGUCAAUCUCUCGGUGGCCGUUGUGGCGAUGAUGGACAAUAAAGGUGCCAAUCCUGACUUUCCUGAAUAUCAGUGGUCCGAGAAGAUUAAAUCCCGCAUACUCAGUAGCUUCUUUUGUGGCUACAUAUUUACACAAGUACCCGGUGGCAUUUUGACACGUCGCUUAGGUGGAAAAAUUCUGCUGCUGCUGAGUUUUUUCAUUAGUAGCAUUAUGGCUUUGCUCACACCAUGGGGCGUUAGCAUUGGCGGUUGGAAGUUGCUUUGUUUCAUACGUUUUCUACAAGGUUUCGGUCAGGGCGUGACAAUGCCCGCAAUUCAUACACUCGUCGCCAACUGGUCACCAUUGGAGGAGCGGAGCUCACUAGCUGCCUACAGUUACUCUGGUUCGCAAUUGGGCACUGUCAGCAUAUUGGCGUCGAGUGGUGUACUCGCUUCCUCCAGUCUGGGUUGGCCGAGCCUAUUUUAUAUACCCGGUGCACUGGGUUUGUUCUGGUGUGUCGCAUGGAUUAUUUGGGGUGCCAACUCGCCAGCUGAAUGCCGUCAUGUAAGCGCAGCAGAACGUGCCUUAAUUGAAGAUUCGUUGAACAAAAGUGAAAAACAAGAAGAGAAUAGAACCAGAUUACCGAUUCCAUGGCGUCAAAUAUUCACAUCACUGCCAUUCUUUGUGGUGCUUAUAUCCCAUUGCGCCAACUCGUGGGUGUUUUGGACAAUCCUCACACAAAUACCUUCUUACAUGAAGAGUGUGCUCGGCAAGGAUAUCAAAAGUAAUGCGCUACUUUCAGCUCUACCGUAUCUUACUAUGUUCUUGCUCGGUGUGGCGUUAUGUCCCCUAGCCAAUUAUUUGGAAAAAGGCGGGCACAUUAGUGCGACGACAAGUAGAAAACUCUUCAACUCCAUUGGUCAAUGGGUGCCGGUGAUCUCACUCAUUUGGUUGGGCUACAUGACACGAGAACAAGCCGAUUUGGCGGUUAUUUUGCUCACCUUUACAGUUGCUAUUAGUUCAGCGACACAUUUGGGCUUCCAAAUGAAUCAUAUCGAUUUGACGCCAAACUUUGCCGGAGCCUUGGUGGGUAUGACCAAUGCGACGUCACAGGUCUCCAGUAUGAUAGCGCCGUUGCUGGUGGGCUAUAUUGUUACAGACACGACAAAUCCCGAACAGUGGCGCAUCAUAUUUUUCAUUGCAGCCUUCAUAAGCUUUAUGGGCAAUUUACUAUUUGUGUUUUUCGGCACAGCAGAAGUUCAACCGUGGAACGAUGAGCAAGCUGGUAAGGUACAUGAAUUGAAGCCUCUCAAUGGUAAGUCUACGGAACAAUCCAAUGGGACAGCUGUGCCGGCAUAGUUAUUGGACUUAAGUUAGCUUUCACUUAGUCUUUUGCAAAGCUUAUAAUAAGCUUUUCUUAAAAAGAAAAGUGAAGGGAUUUUGUACCAUAAAGGAAAUUUACAAAAAAUGUACUUAAACAAAUAAAA